AUGUUUGCAGCAGGCGGCAGGGCUGACGGGGGGCAGCCUGGAGCGCUGAGCAGUCCCAACUGGCGCGACCUGAACCAGAAUGUGGCGGGCCUGCUGGACGAGCUGGACAUACCGCGCGCCAUAUCCGCGCCGCCGCACCUGGAUGACCGCUGGGCCGCACAGCUGACCCAGCUCCACGGCCAGGCCGGGGAUCAGAAGCUGGGUCUGGGGGACAUCCGUCUUGACGAGGACUACGACCGCUUCUACCGCGCCCAGGUGGCCAGCGGCAAGAAGCUGCCGCCGCCGCUGGACAACCCCACGCUGUACAGCGAGCUGCCGCUGCUGGCGCCGCAGCCGGGGCACGGCGGCGGGCUGCCUCCGGGGCUGUCUCCCGAGCUGGCGCACCAGCUGCUGCGCCACCACGCCUCCAGCCCCGCGCCCAACCCGCUGCUGACGGCGGCAGGCAUGGAGGGCAUGGGGGGCCCGCCCAUGGACCGCCCCGGCAGCACGCCCGCGGUGCCGCCCUCGGUGCUGCACGCGCUCAGCCAGCUGGGCGUGGAUCGCUCCUCGCCCUCCCCCCACGCCAUGCUGGCCGCGCAGCACGCGGCCGCCGCGCAGCAGCAGGCCGACGCGCUGAGCAGCCUGCAGGCGCUGGCGCACCACGCGCACGCGCUGGCCGGCGCCACCCCGCCGCCGCAUAUGGGCCACUCGCCCUCGCCGCCGCUGCCCGCGGCCUCGCCCCAGCUCUCGGCCGCGGCCGCCAACGCGGCGGAGAUUCUGGAGAAGCUGGUGGAGCUGAUGAUGGACCCCUUUGGCAACUACCUCAUCCAGAAGCUGCUGGACCGGUGCUCCGAGGAGCAGCGGCUGCAGGUGCUGCGUGCCGUGGCCGACAACGGCGAGCUGGUGAAUGUGGCGCUCAACACGCACGGCACGCGCGCGGUGCAGAAGCUCAUCGAGACGCUGACCUCCCGAGAGCAGGUCCAGCUGGUGAUUGAUGCGCUCAAGCCGGGCGUGGUGAGCCUGAUCCGCGACCUCAACGGAAACCACGUGGUGCAGCGCUGCCUGCAGGUAGGCGCGGCUCCUGUCUCCAACGUGGUGGAGAAGUGCCUCAAGCUGGGGGGCGCGGGCCUGAACGAGCAGCGCGACGCCGUGGUGGCGGAGCUCAUGGUGUCGCCCAACCUGGGCAGACUGCUGCAGGACCCGUAUGCCAACUACGUUAUGCAAAGCGCCCUCACCGUCUCCUCGGGCCAGCUGCACAGCUGCCGCAAAUUUAAAAUUAUGAACCAACCUGUCAUCCUUUAUGCCUUAGAACGGCGCCAAAACGGCGCCAAGAAUGUGUUUCUCACUAAGUCAGAUGUAGAGGGCAUCAUCCGGAUCAAGCAGGGCGACCAGCAGGCGCCCUCAGGCCGGCGGCGGCGGGGUGCGGGAGGGGGGGCGGCAGUGCAGGGCGGCGCCAAGAACUACAGCAAGAAGGUGCUGCAGUUCUUCCAGGUGCUGAAGGGCGCUGGCGGUCAGGACAUCCUGUGCCGCUGCGUCAAGCGCAGCGGAGAGUGGCGGUGGUGCCCCGUGGUGCCGCUCGAGGAGCUGCCCCGAGUGAUCAAGGAGCACCACGAGCGGGCGACUGGCUUCAGCGGUGUGGAGAAGCUGUACACACAUCUGGCCUACAACGCACCCACCGAGCUGGCAGCUGGUGCUGACGGCAAG